CUAACUAUUUCCCGACGCUUUUCUCUUCUUUACUUUCGUGCAGAAUAGUACUACGAGCAGAAGGUUAGUUCACGGGUCUUCGUUGAUCUUUCAAAUCGUAGAGGUUGCGAUCUUCAAUGGAGAUCAGUGUUAUGAGCUUCAAGCUACCAUCAUCUUUCAGAUCUAUUCAAGUAACUGCUGCUAAUCCGAUCUAUACUCCUCCGAUCUGCGAUACGAAGAGAGCAGCAAGAUGCCGGAGGAUUUCAGUUGUCGUGAACGGAAUAGGAGGAGGAUCGGCCAAGUACAAAGGAACACAGAUGAGAGAGCAAAAGCUGACGGAGUUGAUUGAGUCGAAAGUCGCUGAAGCAACGCAAGUUUGCGAGGGAGAUCGUGAUUCCGACGAGUGCAAGGUGGCGUGGGAUGAGGUGGAGGAGGUGAGUCAGGCGAAAGCUGAUCUCCGGCGAAAACUGGAGGAGAACAGGGAUCCUUUACAGUCGUUUUGUGAGGAAAAUCCUGAGACGGACGAGUGUCGUAUCUACGAAGAUUGAAAUCCACCGACAGAUGAUUCACGAUCGGCGACUUCCUCCGGCAAUGUAUGUUUUCAUUAUCAUGGUGAUUAUAUGCUAAUGGAUGAUUAUCUUAUGUGUUUACUACUUUUUUACUUAUAAUCCAGUACAAAAUUGGUUCCA